UUUCCACAUAAGGGUCUGCCAAAGCCAUUUACGCUCUGGUUUAAAUGGAAAAAGCAGUCGAAGGAGAAGAACGAGAAGCAACUACAAAAAUGCAGAAGCCGAGAAGAUUGAAAGGUCACAAAGGCACUGUUACCUGCUGUAUCGCUUCUCGCGAUAGACCUGGAAUCAUAGCUACUUCAGGAGAGGAUGGUCGCAUUUGCUGGUUUGACAUGCGUUGUAAAGAUGUUGUACUUACCAUGGAUCUCGACAACAAACCCAUCUCAUCUAUAUGUUUUAAGCCUGGAAAUGAAGAUGUUGUCUACGCUUCCUCAGGAGCAGAAGUAAUGUUCUUUGACGUGCAUAUGGCAUCUUCCUGGAAGCAAUUGGGAAGCUACAGCUAUAACAAAGAGGAGAUAAACCAGAUUACUUGCAGCUCGAAAUCAUCUUUUAUUGCCGCUGCAGAUGAUAGUGGUGACAUAAAGAUAAUUGAUGUAAGGCAGCAGUGCCUGUAUAAAACUUUACGAGCUGGUCAUACAAGUAUUUGUAGCAGUGUGCAGUUUCUUCCUUGGAGACCUUGGGAAGUUAUAACUGGUGGUCUUGAUGCUAAGCUCAUGAUGUGGGACUUCUCUAAAGGGAGGCAGUGCAAAAUUGUGGAUUUUGCUCGCCCUGACGCUGGCAGUCAAAGUAAUGCAGGACAAUGUUUGAAUCCUGCUUUUGUUCAUGCAUUGGUGAUUCCCGAGGUUGAUAUGUUGGACAAUUCAGGGAAAAUCUGUGUUGUGGCUAGGGGUGAUGGUGUUGUUGAUGUGAUUGAUAUUGAAUCAGAGCUAGCUGCUGCUAACUCCAAAAGUUCCACAAAGUCCAGCAAGGGAUCACAAUCAAGAUGUGGAGGCAGUAAGCAGCCUACUACAACUGCUGAGGCCUUAGAUCAACACAUAGGAGAGAGGUUCUCGUUAGACUAUACUUUGGGAGGGCACACUGCAGCUGUUUCCUGUGUGUCAUUUUCACUGUUUGGGGAGAGAGGGAAGUUCAUAAUAUCAGGUGGGAAUGAUUCAUCUGUGAAGGUUUGGGAUUGGUCUAAACAUCUUGAUGCUGGGGAGAGCAGCAGUAGCACCAGCAAUGAUAUCUUGCGUCUAAACAUUCCCUUGAGCAAAAAGGUAAAUUGGCUGUGUACCACUCCAACUGAUUCAGAAAACAUUAUCGUGUGCGACACAUCCAAGGUGGUAAAGGUUUAUUCUGAAUUAAGAAUGAUGCAAUCAGGGAUUCCUCUUUGUAAUUCCUGUGGUGAAUCAGUUGGAUUAGGUCCUAAUGAUGAAGCUUUUAUUGCUUGUCAUGAAUGCAAUUAUCCUAUGUGUGAGAAUUGUGUUCAUUAUGAGAUUAAGGAAGGGCGAAAAGUUUGUCUACGAUGUGGGAUUCCUUAUGCUGCUGCUUCUAGCUUGGUGAACCCAACAGCAGAUAAUGUUGAAAAGGAUGAUGUAUCUGUUAAUCAUACAACAAUGGCACAUCAUAUUGAAAGCUAUCAGGAUGUUGGAGUUCAUGCUAGAAGUAUAAGUAAUUUCUCUGCACUUGAAAGUGAGUCAAAUGCCGAAUCCGGGAACCCAAUAUGGAAGAACAGGGUGGAAAGUUGGAAGGAGAAAAAGAAUAAGAAGAAGGUUAUCUCUAAGCGCGAACAAGAACCUCAAAUUCCAGUAGAACAGCAAAUGGAAGAAAAACAGCCAAUGGAAAAUGUACAAAUACUUUCCAAAACAAUUCCUAUUCCUUCCAACAAGAUCACUCCAUACAGGAUUGUGAUUAUAGCGAGAUUGAUAAUUUUGGGGCUUUUCUUCCAUUAUAGAGUGACAAACCCCGUUGAUAGUGCAUUUGGUCUCUGGCUUACUUCUAUCAUUUGUGAGAUCUGGUUUGCUGUUUCAUGGGUGCUGGAUCAAUUCCCUAAGUGGUCUCCUGUCAACAGAGUGACAUAUACCGACAGACUGUCUGCAAGGUUUGAAAAGGAGGGCGAGCCUUGUCAGUUGGCUCCUGUAGACUUUUUCGUCAGUACAGUUGAUCCACUAAAGGAACCGCCGUUGAUUACUGCAAAUACAGUGCUCUCAAUCCUUGCUGUGGACUAUCCUGUUGAGAAAGUCUCCUGUUAUGUGUCUGAUGAUGGGUCUGCUAUGCUUACCUUUGAAUCUCUUGUUGAGACGGCAGAAUUUGCUAGGAAGUGGGUUCCAUUCUGUAAAAAAUAUGCAAUUGAGCCACGUGCUCCUGAAUUCUAUUUCUCUCAAAAGAUCGACUACUUGAAGGAUAAAGUACAACCAUCUUUUGUGAAGGAACGUAGAGCAAUGAAAAGAGAUUAUGAAGAAUACAAAGUAAGAGUUAAUGCUUUAGUAGCAAAAGCUCAGAAAACACCAGAUGAGGGUUGGACAAUGCAAGAUGGUACAUCUUGGCCAGGAAACAAUCCUCGUGACCACCCUGGCAUGAUUCAGGUUUUUCUUGGACAUAGUGGUGCACAUGACAUAGAUGGAAAUGAACUUCCACGGCUCGUAUAUGUUUCCAGAGAGAAAAGGCCUGGCUACACACACCACAAGAAGGCCGGUGCCAUGAAUGCACUGGUUAGAGUGUCUGCAGUCCUCACCAAUGCUCCCUACAUUCUUAACCUUGAUUGUGAUCAUUAUGUCAACAAUAGCGAGGCAGUUCGUGAGGGCAUGUGUUUCAUGAUGGAUCCACAAGUUGGUAAAAACGUCUGCUAUAUUCAGUUUCCUCAGAGAUUUGAUGGUAUUGAUCGAAGUGAUAGAUACGCCAACAGAAAUGUCGUUUUCUUUGAUGUUAACAUGAGAGGAUUAGAUGGUAUUCAAGGACCAGUUUAUGUUGGAACUGGUACUAUGUUCAAUAGGCAAGCACUUUAUGGAUAUGGCCCUCCAUCUUUACCUAGCCUUCCCAAGUCUUCUUCAUCUUGCUCAUGGUGUUGUUGCUUCUCUUGUUGCUGCCGUUCCAAAAAACCUUCUAAGGAUGCCUCAGAGAUGUAUCGUGAUUCUAAACGGGAAGAUCUUGAUGCUGCCAUUUUUAAUCUCAGAGAAAUAGAAAACUAUGAUGAGCAUGAUAGGUCUCUACUGAUUUCUCAGAUGAGCUUCGAGAAGACUUUUGGCUUAUCUACAGUAUUCAUUGAAUCUACUAUGAUGGAGUAUGGAGGAGUAGCAGAUUCUGCCAACCCAUCAACUCUGAUCAAGGAGGCAAUUCAUGUCAUUAGCUGUGGAUAUGAAGAGAAAACUGAAUGGGGGAAGGAGAUUGGUUGGAUAUAUGGGUCUGUGACGGAAGAUAUCUUGACGGGUUUCAAAAUGCAUUGUCGAGGGUGGAGAUCAAUUUACUGCAUGCCCGUGAGACCUGCUUUCAAAGGUUCAGCUCCCAUCAAUUUGUCUGACCGGUUGCACCAAGUCCUUAGAUGGGCACUUGGAUCCGUGGAAAUUUUCCUCAGCAGACAUUGUCCCCUCUGGUACGGAUGGGGAGGUGGCCGCCUAAAAUUACUGCAAAGACUAGCAUAUAUAAACACAAUUCUGUACCCAUUUACUUCCCUUCCUCUGAUUGCUUACUGCUCACUGCCUGCUAUCUGCCUUCUCACUGGAAAAUUUAUCAUACCAACGCUCUCAAACAUCGCAAGCAUUUGGUUUCUUGGUCUCUUCACCUCCAUCAUCUUAACAAGUGUGCUCGAGCUGAGGUGGAGCGGUGUGAGCAUUGAAGACUUGUGGCGUAAUGAGCAGUUUUGGGUUAUUGGAGGCGUUUCAGCUCAUCUAUUUGCCGUAUUCCAAGGGUUCUUAAAGAUGUUGGCUGGUGUGGACACCAACUUCACUGUGACGGCAAAAGCUGGUGAUGAUGCAGAUUUUGGUGAACUAUACAUGUUCAAAUGGACAACUCUUCUAAUCCCUCCUACAACCCUUCUCGUUGUAAACUUAGUGGGUGUAGUUGCCGGGUUCUCCAAUGCACUCAAUAGCGGUUACGAAGCAUGGGGUCCACUUUUUGGCAAAGUCUUCUUUGCCUUUUGGGUGAUUCUUCAUCUUUACCCAUUCCUCAAGGGUCUUAUGGGGCGUCAAAACCGAACUCCAACAAUUGUAGUUCUUUGGUCGGUCCUUUUGGCCUCUGUCUUUUCGCUUGUUUGGGUGAAGAUUGAUCCCUUCUUAAGCAAAGCCACAACAAUCACCAACAAUUGCAUUUCUAUCGAUUGCUAAAGAAAACUCAUCCAUAUAAGUUGCUGUGUUUUUCUCUAUCAAAUUUGAAUUGCAAAACUAGUUGGGACUUCGAUGCUGAUUUUUGGGGCUUGCAGGGUAUUACUAAGUUCAACAUCUAGCAAAAACCAGUUCCUACCUGGCUUUGUUUGGAGUUUCAGAAUUCUUUUAGUAAAUUAGUAUCAAUGUUUGCAAGAUCUUGUAGAUUCAAUGACUGCACGCUGAGUGUUCUGACACAAACAGGAUAAUUCAGGAAAGUUUAUAUUGUUAAUUUUGUUUUAUUUUUGAGAAGAUUCGGUUCCUUUUAUUUUUCAUGAAAAA